AUGUCCUUACCAGCUACUUUUGACUUGACUCCAGAAGAUGCCCAAUUAUUAUUGGCUGCUAACACCCAUUUAGGUGCUAGAAACGUCCAAGUCCACCAAGAACCAUACGUUUUCAAUACCAGACCAGAUGGUGUUAAUGUUAUCAACGUCGGUAAGACCUGGGAAAAAUUGGUCUUGGCUGCCAGAAUUAUUGCUGCCAUUCCAAACCCAGAAGAUGUUGUUGCCAUCUCUUCUAGAACUUACGGUCAAAGAGCUGUCUUGAAGUACGCCGCUCAUACUGGUGCUACUCCAAUUGCUGGUAGAUUCACUCCAGGUAACUUCACCAACUAUAUCACUCGUUCUUUCAAGGAACCAAGAUUAGUUAUUGUUACUGAUCCAAGAUCCGAUGCUCAAGCCAUCAAGGAAGCUUCUUACGUCAACGUUCCAGUUAUCGCUUUGACUGAUUUGGACUCCCCAUCUGAAUACGUUGAUGUUGCUAUUCCAUGUAAUAACAGAGGUAGACACUCUAUUGGUUUAAUCUGGUACUUAUUAGCCAGAGAAGUCUUGAGACUAAGAGGUGCUUUGACUGAUAGAACUCAACCAUGGUCUAUCAUGCCAGAUUUAUACUUCUACAGAAACCCAGAAGAAGCUGAACAAACUACUGAAGAAGCUACAGAAGAAGCUGGUGAAGAAGAAACCAAAGAAGAAGCUACUGAAGAACAAGCUGGUGCUUCCGAAUGGGCUGAAGAAAAUGCCGACACUGUCGACUGGUAA